AUGCUGCUGAGCAUCGUCUUCCCUUUUGUCUUCCCCUUUGCCUUUCAAGAAACAGCAAAGGCCGCCUUGGUACGGCCGUGGGCCGCGCUUGUCCACGACCCAACACCACGCAGGGCAGACUUGCAGCUCGCCACGGACGAAGAGACCCAAUGGCGACCCUUGCUGGAUUGA